CAGGUCAGCAUCUGCUCUCGUUGACCACGACUCCCCUUCUCCAAUGGCGGACUGCGAAGGACUGGCGGCCUGAUCCAAGGUGAAUGAGGCCGGGGGAGGACAAAGGAGGGAUGAGCAAAGAAGAAGAAGAAGAAGAAGAGGAGGAGGAGGAGGAAGAGAAGACGAAGAAGAAGACUAAGGAUAAGGAUCGCUCUGCGAUAAGGUUGGCCGUCGAGGAGCUCUCCCUGGUCGAGCAUCAGGGGAAAGCUUCUACCUUGGCCUUUCUCGCCGUCUCCAACCUGCUCUUGCAAUUCCUUGAUAAGAUUGGACCGACCGUGGCCGUCCUGAGGCACGACAUCCGGCGGAAUAUCGAGAGAUUGGAAGAUGUAUACGUUUUGGACGCAUCGGGUUACUCAAGUUUGGUAGAUAUAAUCAAGAAAGAAGUGAGCGAGGGAACUGCAAGGAAGUCUGAUAGCUGUACAAGAGCUACAUUAUGGCUUACUAGGUCCAUGGAUUUUAGUGUUGCACUACUAGAGAUACUAAAUAAGGAUUCUGAAUUGAGUCUUCAACAAGUUGUUGAAGAAGCAUAUAAGACUACACUAAAACCAUGGCAUGGUUGGAUCUCAUCUGCUGCUUACAAGGUAGCUUUGAAGCUCAUCCCAGAGAAGAAACUAUUCAUCAGCUUGCUAAUGGGUAAGGGGCAAGAUCAGAACAUGUUGAAGCCCGAUAUCCAGAACCUGGUCUCAUUAGUUCAGCCUCUUCUAACUGAUAUCCAUGCCAACUUGAAAAAGCUUCGGCUCGACAGAUUGAAGUCGACCUAAAACACGAAAUCCAUCUCGAUCAAUCUUCAUGUAGAAAAUCUGCGGAUGACCAUUGGAUUCUUCCUCGAUUUGUGAUCCUAAUCUUUUUUGUUGUGUAAAUAUGGAUGAGAAGACGUAACUAUGGGAAGGUAGCGUAGUAGAUUUAGUGCAUGCAUACACAUCCAGCUCGAGAACAACGGUGUCAUAGUGCCCUUAUAAGUCUUGGAGAGGACGUAGCUGCGGGCCAUGCAGAACGGCUCGCUCCCUCCCACCACCGGCAGCUCCGCCGCAUCCGGGAGCUUCGGGUAGAUGGAGGAGACGGCAAGCGAGCCGCAUUUGUCAGGCUCGCCGUUACUAUGGGAGGCCACGACGUGGGAGCCCCGAGCGCGUCCGACGAGCUUCGACGUGAGGCCCGGCCAUCGGGCCAGCGGAUCAUCGACGACGAUGGUGUUCCCGUAGUAAGACUUCGGUUUCGAUUUCGGUUCAUAUUUUCGAU